AGUGGGUAAAAUAGCAUACUUCAUAUAACGCUGAGCGAAACCAAAACUUUGAUGUAGGCUGAAAAUGGGAAAAUCCCAAUUCUAAAUGGAGUGCAAUUGUUUACCGAAAUCGGAAAGCACGUGUUUGUGUCUGCCGAUUCAGGAAAAAUCUGAACACGGUGCAAAUUGCAGCCAUGAGAAAUACCUAUCAACAUGCAUCAAAGUACUUGGAGCUGCGGUUGUUUUCCUGUCAGUAGCUGUAACUUAUUUGAUUAUUCAAACAAAUGAAUUGGAAAAAACACUGCAACGACUGCAAAUUUCUGAUGAAUCUCAUGCAAAUUUGGCACAAAAGCCUUUAUUUGAAUCUAACUAUAUCUUAUAUGGGCAGAAGAAACCAUCUGAAAUCAACAGAAAUCCUGUAUACAGAAGAGAGAAAAGAAAUGGUCGUUGGAGAACUGAAGUGCGGGCAGACUUAGCUGAAAUAAAAAGAAAUCUGAGAAGAUUGGAGAAUACUAAAAUUCGAAACUUGGAGGAUGGAAUAAUGAAAAAGGUCGUCCACUUAACAAUGUCUGCGUCCAUGACUCAAGAUACCCUGAAAUCUCCCGUCAACAACAUUGAUGGGUGCUUCAACAGGAAACACUGCUUUAGAUGGAGUGAUCCGGAGUCUAUAUAUUCCUCCACUUUUGACUACAUCAGAGAUAACGCCUAUAGUAUGCCCGUAGCUAUCAAAGUUCGCAGUCCAGGAAUAUAUUUAGUAUAUGCUCAAGUAGCAGUCAACGGUCCAGAGCAAGGGUACGAGCCAUCUGUAGGAUUUGAAACAGUUUUGGUUCAUAAUGGAACUGAAAAGACCUUGAUAAAAAGUUACAUAACGCAGGAUAAUAGAGGUCAGGCAUAUUACGAUAGAAGAGAGGGCGAGCAUCCAUUUGACACAAUGAAUCAUAUGGGGAUGUUUAAACUUGAAUGUGAUGACUAUAUUAUGAUAAGGCCAAUUGGAGACCCAACGUUCAUCUAUACGAACACAGAAGCCUCAUAUUUUGGCGUUGUUCAGAUCAAUCCUGCGAGAAGUAUACUAUAUGGUGAUUACAGCUGUUAACACCACCUACUAAGAAUGACAACUCUUAUUUUGACUUUAUUUUUAAAAUUUAUGCUAAUAGCAUUUCGUUCCCUUGUACAAUGUAAUUCUUAUAUAUACACUUACUCAAAAGUUAGGGAUCAUCAAUCUUUCUGUGAACAUUUUUAACA